AUGGACAGGUUGCACUCCUCCAUGCGUAAAAGGCUCUACAGUUUGCCACAGCAUAUUGGACAGAAAGCUUCUAUUAUGGGCGAAGGAGAAGACGGCGAGAAGGACACCCGGAGGAAGAGUAUUAGGUUGAAACCCUUGCCGUCACCAACCUCCAGAGGAAGCUUCAAAGGCAUCGGGGAGACCAGAAGUGGGGACACAGUGAUCAUGGAGACGGACAUUGGGAGACCAACGAAGACCAGUUUAAACGGAGAUUGUCGGAGAUUUCGUGGCAGUCUCUCCUCCAUCACCAGUCGGCAUGUGCACGACUCAGACUCGGCGGAGGAGAGGCACCUUAUCACAGAGGGGGACGUCACCCCGAGCGAGGAGAGCCCUCCCGGAGCUAUUGGCGGUGGGGCGGACCAAGGUGCGCAAGGCGCCAGCGGUGGUGGUGCUGGUGGUGCCCAACAUGCUUCUCUUGACCAGGAAUCAGGGUUCAUAAAGUUGGAUGGCAUUGAUCAAAUUUCGCCGGACGACGAGAGAUUGUACCAGGCAGGAUUCAUACACAGGCAGUUUGGGGCAAUGCUGCAACCGGGGGUCAACAAGUUCUCCCUAAGGAUGUUUGGGAGCGAAAAGGCAGUGGAACGGGAACAGGAGCGGGUUAAAUCCGCCGGAUUUUGGAUAAUUCAUCCUUACAGUGAUUUCAGGUUCUACUGGGACCUGACCAUGCUGCUGCUGAUGGUGGGGAACCUGAUCGUCAUCCCGGUGGGCAUCACCUUCUUCAAAGACGAACACACCCCCCCCUGGAUCAUCUUCAACGUGAUCUCAGACACCUUCUUCCUCAUGGACCUGGUGCUCAACUUCCGCACUGGCAUCGUCAAGGAGGACAACACCGAGAUCAUCCUGGACCCACAACAGAUCAAGAUCAAGUACCUGAGGAGCUGGUUCGUGGUGGACUUCAUCUCCUCCAUACCUGUGGACUACAUCUUCCUCAUCGUGGAGACGCGCAUCGACUCAGACUUCUACAAGACGGCCCGGGCGCUGAGGAUCGUCCGCUUCACCAAGAUCCUCAGCCUGCUCAGACUGCUCAGGCUGUCCAGGCUCAUCAGAUACAUCCACCAGUGGGAGGAGAUCUUCCAUAUGACCUAUGACCUGGCCAGUGCCAUGGUGCGUAUCGUCAACCUGAUUGGUAUGAUGCUGCUGCUAUGCCACUGGGACGGAUGUCUGCAGUUCCUGGUUCCCAUGCUGCAGGACUUCCCCCAGGACUGCUGGGUGUCCAAAAACAAAAUGGUGAACGACACAUGGGGACAGCAGUACUCCUACGCCCUGUUCAAAGCCAUGAGCCACAUGCUGUGUAUCGGGUACGGCAUGUACCCUCCUGUGGGCAUGACGGACGUGUGGCUCACCAUCCUCAGCAUGAUCGUGGGCGCCACCUGCUAUGCCAUGUUCGUGGGUCACGCCACCGCACUCAUCCAGUCUCUGGACUCCUCCCGUCGGCAGUACCAGGAGAAGUGUGCCCCAGCCUCUCCAUGGGCCCAGUGUGGGCGAAAUGAGCCUUGUUGCCAUGCGGCCACAUUGCCCACCAUCUGUGGAGAGGGACAGAGGAGGAGACCCCUGGAGAGGGUGGCAGGGGCUGUAGAGACCCCCACAUACCGUACAUCCAUCAUCAGAGAGCGAGGGAGUGCUCGUGAGAAAUAG